AUAAUGUAAGAAAAAUCCUAAGAAAUUGAUCAAUCACGUGUCUAUCUAAGUAGAGCAUAAAUGAUACUACGAAUGGAACGAGAUUGAAUCUCCAGUUUGAAAUGUUAUUAGUCCCAUGUAAUGAGCCGUAACGUGCGAUGAUAGGGAGCUCGCAAUCUCGCAGAUCGAUAAGAAAAUUAUGAUAUCAUCGAUAUUCGCAAAAGAUUGUUAAGCGAUAACCUGGUUCACGUUCUACAAACAACUUAGCCGGCAACAUUAAUCAGAUGAUGUAAGAAACGUCAGGCAUAUGUAAGAAGAAGAUUAAUGAAGAUAUCGUUAUAUACACUUUGUUAAUUUUUACAUGACGUGCUAAAAAAAAAACAAACCUAUCGCGAUGUCACGUGUCACGUGUAUUGUCUUUUUGUUCCCGCGAUAUAUCGCGCCGAUGACGACUCGUUUUUAGAGUCUCCUUCAGUAAAAUUUUAUAUUACGUCAAUGUGUGGAUUUUAAAGUGUGCAUGGAUAUGAGAGACAAUCUACGCGAUGAAUAAAGCAAGUAAUAUAUCAUCAAACAUUGACUUGGAUGAUCCAAGAUUUCGUAUUAAACCAUAUCAGCAAAUUGUAGCUGCUUGCACUGGUGCAUUUAUCACGUCGGUGUUUGUGACCCCCUUGGAUGUGGUAAAAAUACGUCUUCAAACGCAGCAGAAAGCGAUGCUUUCAAACAAGUGUUUUCUAUAUUGUAACGGUUUGAUGGAUCAUUUGUGUCCUUGUGCAAAUGGUAAAAUGCCUGAAUGGAUGAAAAGGAAUGGAAAAUUCCAUGGAACAGUGGAUGCUUUGAUAAAAAUAAGUAAAACAGAAGGUGUAAUAUCAUUAUGGAGUGGUUUGAGUCCCACUCUUGUUUUAGCUAUACCUGCAACUGUUGUAUACUUUGUUUCCUAUGAACAAUUGAGAUUAUAUCUCAAGGAUACAUAUAACAGAGAGUUCAGAAAAAGAGGUAACAAUGUCGAACAACCUUUUUGGAUUCCUGUUUUAGCUGGUGGUACAGCACGAAUUUGGGCAGCGACAUUGGUGAGUCCAUUGGAGUUGAUAAGAACAAAAAUGCAGUCACAGAAAUUGAGUUAUGCAGAAAUAACACAAGCAAUGAAAACAGUUGUGAAAUAUAGUGGUAUUUCUGGAUUAUGGAUGGGAUUAAGUACAACACUUCUACGUGACGUUCCUUUUAGUGCUAUAUAUUGGUUGAAUUAUGAAACUAUAAAGAAGAUUUUCUACACCUCUCACCAAACUUUUACUUUUAAUCUAGUAGCAGGCGCCGUAUCUGGAUCUAUAGCAGCAGUUCUCACUAUUCCAUUUGAUGUAGUAAAGACGCAUAGACAAAUUGAAAUGGGUGAAAAGGAAAUUUAUUCAGAUAAACCUAUUCGAAGUAGCAAUACAUGGUCUAUAAUACAGAGGAUCUAUCAUCAGAAUGGAUUGAAGGGUUUAUUUACAGGAUUGACACCACGUUUGGUAAAAGUAGCCCCAGCUUGUGCAAUUAUGAUUGCAACUUUCGAACACGGCAAACGUUUCUUCCAAUUGUAUAAUGCUAGGAAAGCCAUUGGAUUUGAGAUGGAACACGAUAUACAUUUAUUGCAGCAUAAACCUAGUAGUGCAGAAUGAUGUGCCUACCAUAGCAAAUUGUACAGAUUCACAAUAAAUUAUAUUUUAAUUAAG